AUGUAUUGGCCUAAUGGAGUCCCCCGGGUUUACGCCAUCAACGGCCCCGACAUUUCCGAGAUCUCCUAUGAUGAGGAUCGCCAACAUAUCCCUCCUUCUCCAGAUCAGCGCAGCUCAUUAGAGAAUAGUUCUGAUGCUACAGAGAGCUCAGAGGUGCCAGUCAGCGAGGCAAAUGAGCCAAUCACUGAACCCCGGACCCAAAAGGAUCACCCGAAAUGGGAGAGUGAAGCUAUCAAUGGCCUAUGCGUUUCUCGGUCUGGUCACAUAUUUGCGACUAUAACUGAGUCUUCAACUUCACUAUGGCAAACCAGACCAACCGCAGUUGUUGCUGCGUUAGUACGGUCCUUCUCUUCGCUGGAAAUUUACGGAUCUAAUGUGGCACUUUUGAUGCAUCCGGAUUCGUCAAUAUUGGUUGUUCAGACUCUAAAUGGAUACCUUCUCACAUACACAGUCGCAUCCGACCCAGCAACACGAGUCUACCAACAGCGGUUCGAUCAUUCAACGCAUCCACGUCGCCAACAGCUCGCGCACUUCUCUGCGGUCGAAGAAUCCAAUGUUGUUGGAGACAUCAGUAUCAGGUUCCGAAUGGCAAUCAAGAUUGAAUCUGGGAUUGUCAAGGCGCUGGCGCUGGAUCAGGAGCUGGUUGUUGCUACAGUUAAACCACCGGCCGUACAGUGUAUUCGGUGGAAUCGCGAUGCAAGUGGACCCCAGACUACAUCUGAAAUGCUGAAUCGCAUUCUGGGAACACCAAAAGAUGUCUCAAUCUCGGAUAUGGUUUAUGAUCGCGCCAUGAACCUAUUAAUAUGGCUUACAAGUAAUGGUCAGGCGUAUGCUGUGCAACGAGCAGCCAGGAGUCAGUCUGAUUCUGAAGCGCCGAAGAAGCUCUUCCAUGGACAUUGUUUCCAUGAUCCUAAGGAUGAGGGAGAGAAAGCAGUCAAGGUCACAGUGAACGCGCGAUUUUCUCUGCUGACGGUCAACUGUGCAAAUGGCGAGAUUCUGGUUUACACAGCCAAAGACUAUACAGGAAAUGUACCACUUUCUCAGAAGCUACAACUACCAGCAUCGCCUACAACUACAGGAGCAUUGACAUUUAUGAGCUAUUCGCCGGACGGAUACUGUCUCUUUGCUGGCUUUGAGAAUGGUUGGACAACGUGGAGUGUCUUUGGAAAGCCGGGAGGAAAUAGCUUCACUGUUGAUGUCUCUUUGGCGAAGUCAAAUGAAGAGAGUUGGCUAACUGGUGUCUCGAGUGGCUGCUGGAUUGGCGGUGGAUCCGAUAUCAUUCUGUCGGGACAAAAUGAUCGGCGUCUCUGGAUUCUGGAGACGGCCCGCAGCGCUUUAACGGGCUGCUUUUCCGCUGCUAAUCUUGCUCGGGGAUUGUUGCAAACGGGAACAGAAUUUAUUCUGUAUCGGGGUCAUGACUUGCCUGAAUUGAUGACUAUCUCGGGCAAAGAUUCUCUUUGGCAUCAUGCUCAAUAUCCACCUGCAUACCUCCAUUCCCAGUGGCCCAUCCGGUCAUGUGUCGUGUCUCAAGAUGGGCGGUAUGUUGCCAUUGCUGGUCGAAGAGGGUUGGCCCAUUAUAGUGUCAACAGUGGCCGGUGGAAGGUGUUUGAGGAUUCCAAAAUAGAGAAUUCGUUCGCUGUUCGCGGCGGUAUGUGCUGGUAUGGUCAUAUAUUGAUCGCCGCUGUGGAAAGCGACGGAUCGUAUGAGCUGCGUCUUUACUCCCGCGAGGCGCCAUUGAAUAAUAAUUCGAUGAUGUUUAUCGAGUAUCUUCCAUCCCCUGUGGUGUUCAUCGGUCCGUCUGGAGAAGACUCUCUCCUGGUCUACACCUACGACAACAUUCUAUACCACUAUAUCAUCAACGCCACCCAACCGCAAAUCACUAUUGUUCCUGUGGGACAAAUUGCGUUCAAUGGCAUUGUACGAGCUCCAACUCGUGUUAGAGCGAUUAGCUGGGUCUUGCCCGAGGAACAAAUGCGAAACGGUGAUCCUUCGCAGGAUGUUAAGGUAGCAUCUGUCAUUCUUCUAGUGGACGGCAAUCUAGUUCUAUUGCAGCCCACGGUAACGGAUUCAGGCGAUCUCAAAUACGACAUGCGGGUCAUUUCCCACGAUGUGGAAUAUUACAUAUUGAUGCGCGAUCAGCUCUCCUUCAAUUUCUCGCCUCAAGUUGACGAAUCCCUUCCAGCCAGUCCCUCUGUCGAGCUGGCUCUUGGGUCGUCUCAUAGCACUCUAUCGCUUCGAGACUCCCUAUGGAUGUUCCGCGGGCAAGAUCUUUUGGCAUGGAACGAUGUGCAUGAUAUUCUGCAGCAAGAGACGGUGCCGGCACCACUCAAUAUACCCCUGGACUUCUAUCCUCUCUCGGUGCUAUUGAACAAAGGCAUUGUACUGGGAGUAGAAUCCGAAAUGAUGCAGCGACGAGACGUCACAUUCACCAGCCUGAAGUUUGCCAUCCGAACCCAUCUCUUCCUCCCAUACUUCCUCCAAUACAGCCUUAUCAACCUCGGCACUCCAGCCACCCUCUCUCUCUGCCGACACUUCUCUCACCUUUCAUACUUUGCACACGGAUUAGAAAUCCUACUUCAUCACGUCCUUGACGAUGAAGUAGAUAAUCAGAGUCGCGCCAACAAAUCCGAUGUUCCAAUCCUCCGUGAGGGCCCUCUUCUCCCCACUGUCAUCACCUUCCUCCAGGCAUCUCUUCCAACACGCGAAUACCUCGACAUCGUUGUACAAUGUACCCGGAAAACCGAGCUCCGGUCCUGGCGUACCCUCUUCGCCUACCUACCUCCACCAAAGGACCUCUUUGAACAAGCCCUAAAACUCGACGCCCUCAAAACAGCCGUCGGGUAUCUCCUAGUCCUCCAAGCCUUCGAAGACGAGGACCAUGGUAACGACGGCCGCAUAGAGGAAUACGUCGUACGUCUUAUCGGACUAGCCUCACAAAAGGGUGACUGGGAACUCUGUGGCGAAUUAGCCAGGUUCUUAAUUGCUCUCGAUGCCUCGGGUGAAAUGCUGCAGCGUGCUAUUGGCCGCGUAGGACUACGUUCCUGGACCUCGAGGAACGGGAGCAAUUCCGGAUUCGGAUCGAGAUCUGGCUCAGCGGCUGGUGUUAAGGGACUAGGACUUAGUCUUCCUGUGCGUACCCCGUCCUGGUCAUCUCUCUCUCCGACGGGCUCGGGGUCAAUGUCUCCGAGCAAUGCUCGAGAUGGGAAUGUUUCGGAUGAAUAUCCCCAUUCAAUAGAUAGUCGAGACGAUAUUUAA